UGACUCCAAAAUAUAAAUCUGUAGUAAGCUCUCUGGAUGAUCUUACGGCAAGUUCGGAAUAUGCUUUCGUGGUUAAAAAGUACAGCAGCAUCUGGGCUAACAUGAUCGAAGCAAAUAAAGGUCCCUUUGCUAAGAUUGGCAACAUUUUACGAAAGAAUCCGGAAAAUUCGUUAGAGACGCUAGACGACAUAACAGAUUUGGUGAUGAAUCAAAAAAAGGUUUUAGGCCAGUUCAAAUCAUCUAAUCUGGUACUGAUCCGAGAAGAUAUGAAAACAAAUGGAAAGUGUCGGUUGUAUAUGGCAGAAAAAUCAUUCGACGAGCUUACCAUCAGUUUCGGAAUUCCAAAAAAUAGUCAUGUCUUGAAUCAUUUCUUAAGUCACGAAAUCGUGUGGCUAAAGCAAUCGGGAAUGUUAGAUUAUUUGGAACAUUUCUACUGGCCACAGAAAAACCGCUGCUCAGCUCCGAUUUCGACGAAACCAUCAUCGAAAAACGAGAAGUUGACAUUCGAUUACCUUUCUGGCGCCUUUCUGUUGCUUGGCGUCGGACUGAUAAUGUCCAUUGUCGCUUUUCUUAUCGAAUUAUUUACUCAUCAUUGCUGCUGUCGUCAGAGGAAUAAUAAGCGCCCUUUUUCUGGCAUAGAGGCUUUAACUGAUGAAUAGUUAAGUUAUGCUGACCAUCAGCACACGAACUUAAAUUCUAAAGUUUAUUUCACAGUGAAUAUUGAUGAGAAG